AUGAGAAAGGAAAAGAGACAUCUUCUGAUUCAAGAGGAGGAUGCAGAGGAGGUGGAAGAUAUGGGGCAGGCAAAGGCAUUUUCACGGGAAGAUGCUUCAAUUGAAGAAGAAAAGAAACAAGAAAAUGAAUCAUUGAAAGCAAGUCCAGUGCUGGAAGGAGAAUCCCUCAUGCUUAACAAAGGCAAGUUGCAGCAGCAAGAAGAGCAUAAGUCUGCAAUUAAGCCUCUUGCAUCUACAUCAAAUGGAAAGGUUGAAGUGAAAGAUAACAAGAUUCCUCCAAAAGGUAACCGCAUGGCUACAAAAAUGAAUGAAAUGGAAGAUAAGACUAAAAGAGAGAUGAGGAGGUUGAAGGAGAUACAAGAUAUUUUGGUAGCAAGGCUUGAGGCUUUUGAAACCAGUCAAAGGAGAGGCAUGGUCAUGGAUGAUGAGAUUUAUCACAAAGAGGAAGGGGAAAGGGAGAAUCCCCAAGAAGAAGAAGAAGAAGAAGAAGAAGAGGAGUGGGAGGAAUUGGAUACUGAAAAGUAG